UCAAACGUCAAAUAAAAGUCAAAACAAUGGUGUGAUGUGGUUGUUUUUCAGUUUCAGUAUUUUGAAAAGGCAUGAAACUUAAAUAAUUUGAACUAUUAUCCCUAAAGAUGGGUGCUACAGGGCAGUCCAUUACUUUGGCUAACAGUAUUAUUGGCGUUGGUGUGCUGGCUAUGCCAUUUUGCUUCCAACAAUGUGGAAUAAUACUGGCCACCCUGCUUCUACUGCUGAUGGGUCUUGUGUCAAGAUUAAGCAGUUACUUUUUAUUAAAAUCGGCUAUCAUGGCCAGAAGAAGAAAUUUCGAGUUUUUAGCAUUCCACGUGUUUGGCCCAGCGGGCAAGAUGGCGGUGGAAGUGGGCAUCAUCGGGUUCCUGAUGGGCACCUGUAUUGCAUACUUUGUGGUGGUCGGAGACCUGGGGCCACAGAUUAUAGCCAAGAUGUUCAACAUCAACCAGAGUGAUAUGCUAAGAACUUCAAUAAUGGUGGUAGUGUCAGUGGCAUGUGUGUUGCCACUCGGGCUGCUGCGCAACGUGGACAGUCUGAGCAACGUCAGUGCCGCCACCAUCGCCUUCUACUUCUGUCUAGUGCUCAAGGUGGUUUCCGAGUGCAUGGGCGGGUCAGUGCGCUGGGGGCAGGUGCAACUGUGGCGCGGCGACGGCGUGCUACAGUGCAUCUCUAUCUUCUCUAUGGCGCUGUCGUGUCAGACGCAACUGUUCGAGAUAUUCGAGUGCAUGCCCUCUGUAUCUCUGGAGAAGAUGAAUGGAGUCACUAAGACUGCCAUCAACAUCUGCACCGGAGUGUACUUCACGCUGGGACUGUUCGGGUAUAUCGCUUUCUGCUCGCAACCUAUUUCAGGCAACAUCCUGAUGAGCUUAUCGCCCACCAUGUCGAGUGACGUCAUCAAGCUGGGCUUCGUGCUGUCGGUGGCGUGCAGCUUCCCGCUCGUCAUCUUCCCGUGCCGCGCCAGCUUGUACAGCUUCUUGUAUAGGAAGGUGCACUCGUCCCACCACGACCACAUCGUGAACAAUUCGAUCCCGUCCUGCCAGUUCCGCUGUAUCACGGUGAUGAUAGUAGCAGUGUCUCUUUGCGUGAGUCUCCUGCUGCCCAACGUGGAGGUGGUGCUGGGCCUGGUGGGGUCCACUAUCGGCGUGCUGGUGUGUGUGGUGUUCCCCGCCGCCUGCUUCCUGCACCUUACUGUUAAGGAGAAUAAUGAACGACUGCUGGCUAAGGCGGUAGUGAUCUUCGGCCUAGCGAUCCUGAUACUAGGCACGUACGCCAACCUACAGGCGGCCGAGCAACAAGCAGACAAGUAUGACCCGCGGCAUUUAUCACAGGAGAAGAUAGAUAGAAUAGUCGAAGAGUACUUCGAGGCACAACGACUGAAGAACCAUCAGGAUCCCGACGCAGCAGCGAUGCCGAUAGCUAAUGGUAAUAAAAUGGAACCCAGAGAUGAAGUAGCGAUACAAAAUGGUCUUGACUCUGAAGUACAACCUCCAAACCCUGUGCCACCUGAUGAACCCAAUCAGAAAGAUAGUAAAAUACCGGUCCAGGAAAAAGUAAAACCUGAAAUCAAAAUGGAAUACAAGAGUAAAGAAAUUGUUGAAGAGAAUAAGUCCAACACACAUCCCAAAAAUCUACAAAAGGUAAAUGGCGAUAGCAAAAUACCAAUAGACGCUGUAAAACUAGAAAAACCGCCAGAAGACCAAGCCAAAGAAGAAGAGAAGAAGGAAGAUCAGUUAGACAUGAUGAAACAACAACAGCUAAUAGAAACUAUUAAACAACAUGGAGAAGAGCAAAAGGAACUUAUUAAAGAACAGAAAGAAAUCCUUAGCGAGAUAAUAAAGACAAAAGAAGAACUGAAACAAACAAAAAAAGAAGUCAACAGUGACGAGGCCAAGAAAAUAGCCGUAGAAAGCAUUCAGAAAAUAGCUGCUGUAGCAAUAAAUAGUCUAAAUGCAGUUACUGAAAAACCAGCAGUUAAUAAUAUCAAGUUAGAAGAUAAAAAUGCACUUCCACUAGAAAAGAUCGCCAAUGAUGCUGUGCAACAAAUAGCUAAGAAAGCUGUAGAAAGUAUUGUUGCUAUCAAAGAGACCGUGAAAGAAGAACCAGAAGUUCCUAAAGUCGAAAUCAAACCGAUAGAUAAUGGAAAUCAAGUCCCUGUACAAAACAAUAUUGUUAAUAAUCCGGUGUCAGGGCAAAAAAUUAUAAGUAACGAUCCAAUUUUAAAUGCCAUCGCGAAUAAUGUCCCUUUGAAUAUAAACAACAAUCCACCUGUUGUAAAUAAAGACGUUCCGAAGGCUCCAGAAACUAUACAAAAUAAUGCAAAUAAUAGUGUCCCAAAUAACGCGGCACCAAAUGUGCAAAACGCUCAGGAAAAUGGUCAAAGUGCCGCUGAAACCAUUCCAAUCAAUGUUGCAGAAAUCAAACAAAACGCCCAAGCUCCUAAUAUAGUCGUAGCUCCAGUUCCUAAUGAAGUAAUACAACAAAGUCAAGUAGCGGAAAAUGUUCCAAACGUUAUAAACUCAGCCCCAGCACAAGCAAUACCAGUAGCACAAAAACCAGACCAGCCUUUACCACAAGUUGUCAACAAACCACAACAAAAAGUUCACUUGCAUUCUCCAGACGAACCAGAAUCCUACAUCCAAGGCGAAGACGCACAAGUACAAAAGAAUGAAGUUAAUAAUUUAAAACCUAUAAGUAGUAUAGACCCAAAUGUUCCCCUAGCCGUCGCUAUGAACGCUAAUUCCAAAAUAGCAAUCUCUGCCAGUAAUAAAGAAGAUUCCAAGUCAAAUGUGCCUCAGCAAGACCAUAUACCAAACAUUCCUAAUGCAGUUAAUGAUAACGCUGUAAAUGCUCCUGCUAUCAAUAUUCCUGUACCAAAUGUUCAAGUCAAUGAACAAAAUCCACACCAAAUUAGACACAAAAGAGAAGUUAUUGAUAAAGCACCAUCUAGCAAUAUGUUAAACAAUCUAGAUAUAUUACCUAAAGUUGACCUCAAUGAUGCAUUGUCGCAGAGAUUGCCAGUAGAAAUCGUUAUUAGAAGAUCUUUGAAAAGUAUCCAGGAAGAUGAGAGGUGAAAAUUAUUUAGUAAAUAAGGAUUUUUGGAGGAUCUCUUGAAGUUUGUGGUAUUUAUUGCAUUUAGAUAAUUACUAUAUUUAAAUAUUUAUUUUAUACGUCCUUACUGUAGUUAAUAUUAUUAUUAUUAUGUGUAACUAUAAUGAUAAGACGUGUUGUUAUUUUAUUCUGUAACUGUUUUAGUCGUGUCCUAACAAUUUGCAGCAACACUACGGGAACAUAUUGAAAUGAAAGGAAGUUACUAUGUUUGACACUUAUUUAUUUUAGGAGAAAGAAAUUGUUGUGAUUUUGUAUGAACAUCGACUGAUUAUUAUGUAUAAAAAUAAAUAUUUUAACAAGUA